AUGGCCCAUCCAGUCAUGGGCACUAGCCUGAGAAUGGCUGCAGCUCUCGGGCUCUAUAAAGACCUUACUGUCUCGCAGGAGACUUUGUCCACCAGUCCAAAUUUUGAGCUCCAUCGGAGAGUUUGGUGGUCCAUAUUUUGUUUGGAUACGUGGGCUUGUAUGCCUCUGGGGCGCCCUCCCUUUGGCCGAAUGGGACAGGCAGCCACGGUACAGUUACCGAGGGGUGGCCUCAGUAAUGAAAUGCCCGAUAUAAUCCUGCCCUUUGUGGAGAGCAUCGGCUUUUGCAAAGUUGCGACAAAGAUCCAGGAAUCUCUUGCAAUUUCACCGUUAAUUCCUCAUGCGAAAUUGAAAUUCCUUAACAUGCUGUUGCUUCAAUGGUACGACGGAAUACACCCUAUGUUUAAGGGCAGUGAUCCAUCAAACUACGCAGUCACUGUCACAAGACCUAUCAUACGUUGGCGAUUCCAGAUCCAAUGGAUGCCAUUGCAUCGACCAGUUCUGCUGAAUUACGCCCUGAGCAACAUUCUCUAUGAGGAGUUAACUCCAGAGGAUAGUGACGCCAUCAAGAUCUGCAGGGCAAUGGCCGAUGAACUUAUCAAGGAUGUUUCCAAAUUCUCAUUCAUGAACAGCGUCGUUUGCGCCAAUGGCGCCUGGUAUGGUUUUCAGGCCGCAAUGACACCUGUUCUUGGACCUUUUAUCAUUGAAAUAACUACAGAAAACUCCGUAUCCAGUCGCGAAUCGUGGCAUCUGCAAGUUGAAAUGGCGUUGGAUACACUUCUAAGAAUGCAACAGUGGAGUUUGAGUGCAUUGCAUUUUUGCGAUUUAUUGAGCCGAUUUUUGGGUGCAAGCGAAAGCCAUUUCCAUAGAAGCAACGAGUGCAGCCAUAAUUACGGUGGUAUGAUGGAAGAUGAGGUGUCUAUCCACACAGAAACGGAAGUUCGGUCUACAGGAUACGAUCAUGUUGUGAAUGGAAAUAGUGCCGCUCGUGACAUUUUCUGGGAUUUGUUGUCGCACACGGAGCUUAGCGUACCACUCGAGCUUCGUCAUUUUGGAUUAGAAAAUGCUAUUCCGUCCCUGUCUAGAUUGGAAGAUUAA